AUGACAGCCGUCACGGCCAUACCACAACCCCUACUGAACUCUGUGGUCAAAGACACUAUCAAAAAACAAAAAUCAAUUGACGAAGGAAUCGAAGGUGGUCCCCCGGCCGAAGGUGAUCCCGCAGCACCCACUGACCCAGCCGACCCUGCAGCACCCGCUGACCCAGCCGAUCCAGCGGCGCCUGCCGACCCUGCAGCCGAAACGGCAGUACCGACCGACCCGGCCACUGAAGCGGCGGCGCCGACCGACCCGGCCACCGCGGCGACGGAACCAGCGGACCCGGCAGCAGCUGCACCGGCUGAAGGGGCGGAAGCUCCACCGGCUGAAGGCGAACAACCACCUGCGGCUACCGAGGAAGUUAAACCGGAAGAAGCGCCCGCCGCUGAGGUCGCGCCCGACGCAGCGCCAGCAGCGGAAAGUGUACCGGAACCAGCAGCAACAGGUGAUUGCACAAUAAAUGUGGUGGUCUGA